AUGGCUCCGUUCGGCGACGGCGGCGGCAGCGGGGGUGGCGACGGAGGGGAGGCGCUGCGGGGCUGGGACCCGCUGCGCAGUGGCAGCGCGCCGCCGACGAUGGAGGGCGCCGCGGCGGCAGCGGUGGCGGCGGAGAGGGUGUUUGGCGGCGGCGGCGGCGGCGCGUCGUUCUUCUCCGGAAUCGACGGGCUCGGGUUCGGCGCGAGGAUGGACGAAGUCAGCAGGCACUGCGGUGCCGCUGGAGCUCAGGAACAUUUUGGCAAUUCUGCAUCUUUAUCUGUUGGACCACCUAGCCUCCUACUUAAUGGUACUGGAGACUUGGAUGAACGGCAGUUUGGACCGAGCAGAGUUCAUAGUGGUGGCGCUAUGUCAAACUACUCUGCAUUUGACAUGGGCUCGCUUUGGAGAGACAUGGAUCCCGACAAUGCUGAAUAUCACAGAAAUAUCCAGAAUCGCUUCAUGUCAAACAUAGAAAAGAUGAAUGCUUGUGGCAAUAGGGAUCUUAAUGCUUCCUACAUGGCUGAUUCUGGUCUUUCAGAUGCUUUAUCUGGGUUGAGGCUGUCUAAUAGCCCAGUAAUGGACCAAAGGAACCAUGGGGAAGAGCUAGAUGAAAUACUCAAGCGUCAAAGGGAUUUCUCUAAAAUUGGUGAUGAAAACCGGUCACCUUUGGUUGGUAAUGUUUUUCGGGCACCUAGGUCGGAUGUGCAUCCACCACCAAUGUAUGGAGAUGGUAUUUUACGGAGGCAGACCAGUGCAUUAGAUGGUUCCAAUGUUUCAAGGAUCAGUCGCCAUCACAUAAAGGGUGUUGAUCACUUAUCUUUGGCUGAACAGCUAGCUAUAAUGCAAUCAGGCAACUUGCCUAGAGGAACCAAUCUUUCUCGCAAUGCGGCUAUGACUAAUAUGAUCAACCCCAUGAGCAAUAGAUACAACAGCAAUACAGACUUUGAUUUGGUUAGGAGUCGAAGGGCGUUCCUUGAGGAUCUACUUGCACAACAGAAUCUGCAGGAGGAUAAUCUGUCAUAUAAUGAUAGUAGGAUCUAUCAUGAUGAGCCUCGUUUUCCCUAUUCAAGAAUGCAAAGAUCUGUAUCUCAUUUUUAUCCAAACUCGAGGCACGUUGUAUCACAUGGUGAUCGGCAAUCACAGCUCUUCUCCCUCAAUAGAAAGGCAAUGGGUAGAAAUAUUGGAUCACAGGUCUAUCACGACAAUACAUUAGCAAACUACCAGGAUGUGCCUUCUUUGGAUAAUGCAGAUAGAAAUGGACUUGAUUCAGUGGAGCUGAUUGAUGUAGUGGGCCGUGUUAAGGAAGUUAGUAUGGAUCAAUAUGGAAGCCGGUUUAUUCAACAAAAACUCGAAAUUGCAUCACCGGAUGUCCGGGAAAAAAUAUUUCCAGAGAUAUUAUCCAAUGCCAUUGCUCUAACAACUGAUGUUUUUGGCAAUUAUGUUAUCCAGAAGUUUUUCGAGUUCGCUACAGAAAGUCAGUUAAUCCAAUUGGCAGAUCAACUCAAAUGUCACAUUUUGGAACUCAGCCUCCAGAUGUAUGGUUGCAGGGUAGUUCAGAAGGUUUUGGAGGUAGUUGAUAUGGAUCGAAAGAUCGACAUUGUUCAUGAGCUCAAGAAUUAUGUUCUGAAAUGUAUUGGUGAUCAAAAUGGUAACCAUGUGAUCCAGAAAUGCAUUGAGUGUGUUCCUGAAGACCGCAUUCCGUUUGUUAUUGAUCCUAUACUUUCACAAAUUCUUGUUCUAUGUACCCAUCAAUAUGGCUGCAGAGUCAUUCAGAGAGUUCUGGAGCAUUGCCAUGAUCCUGUGACUCAAAGUGCUAUCAUGAAUAAAAUUGUGCAGCAGACCUUCCAUUUGACGGAUGAUAAAUUUGGGAACUAUGUGGUUCAACAUGUGUUGGAACACGGGAAGCCAGAAGAACGUUCAUCCAUCAUUGAAAAGCUCUCAGGGCAAGUGGUCAUUUUGAGCAAGCAAAAGUUUGCUUCUAAUGUCAUUGAGAAAUGUUUGGCUUUUGGAACUCCUGAAGAACGUGAUAGCCUUAUUGGGGAAAUCAUUUCAUCUGGUCAAACAUUUCAGGAAUUGAUGAAGGAUCAGUUUGGUAACUAUGUUGUACAGAGAGUCCUUCAGACAUGUGAUGACAAGUACCUAGAGAUGAUCCUCUCAAGCAUCAAACUACACUUGAAUGAACUGAAGAAUUACACGUACGGGAAGCACAUUGUGGCACGUGUCGAGAAGCUAAUCGUUACAGGAGAGAAGCGAGCAAGGAUGGCGUCCCUGAGUGUCCAACAUCAGCAGCCACCGAACUGUACAGCUGUAGAUGCACACUAA